AUGACGCCAACGGUGGUGGGCGAUACCAUACUUGAGUCCGCCGACGAGUGCGACCAGCCCGCGCCUGGCCUCAAGCCAGUACGCACCCCUCAGAAGUCGAAGUCGCCCAAGGCACGCUCGCUUUCCGAUAGCACGCCGCACCUUGAACCGUCGCCCAAGUUCCACGAGCCCCUCCGCACGUCCAAGGAUGACCACACGAUCAUCGCGAGCCCGCGCACGCCCCGGCGUCCUGAGCUCCUCUCCAGAGGACUGUCGCUGCAGAUGCCCUCCCGCGAGAUGCCCAUGCCCAGUCCCGCACACUUCGCAGCGCGAGUUCCUCUUUCACCGCAGCUAGAUUCCCGCAACACGUACGCUUCGCCUGCUUCACUUCUUCCACGUCGAUCGCGCGGCGCCGAGUUCUCGAGAGCCUGCACCAACCUCCACCACUCAACCCUCGCCGACCAGUCUUCGCCCGACUCGUCGCCCACAAUCACACAAAAGGGCAUGAUGAUCCCUUCUCGCAAACCGCGGGGAAACUCGAUGGUGUUGGACGCGCCCAACAUUGGCUUCCAAUCAUGGGGAAACGGCGACAGAACCGCCGCGUCGAGCUCUGUCGGCAGCAUUAACAUGCUCGGAUCGGAUGAUUCUAGUAGCGCAUCUGACGAGGGAGAUCUAAUGGAUCCGGACGACAAUGAUGAUCCCAUGUUGAUGACUCCCCAGGCUAUCAAGAACCCGCCAUUCGGGGGCCCGCCUGUAGGAAACAGCCCUGGCAUGUGGUCAAACAUGUUUUCCCCAGGACACAUCCCGACUUUCAUGAGCAUACAACGUGCGCGAUUGCGCAAAGGUCGAAGUAGAAAGAGCUCCAGCUCCGCCAGCGGUCACAGCUCCAUGGCGAGCCCAGGGCCGACGUCACCGCCAAAUGGCAAGAGUGAAGGCUACCUUGCGCGGGAAACUGCUAUACGAAAAGCGGGGUCGGCUUCGCGUCGAGAGAGUCUAUCGCUUUUCACCAACGAUCUUCAUAUUUCCUCUGGCAACGACAGCGGGGACGAGGCAGUUACCAUGCCGCAAACGCCAGGCGUUGUGCGCAGAGCUGUCACACGGAGAGGGAACUUGCUACCAAAAUCGCGACAAUUUGGCCGGAUCAGAGCGGAAUUGAUAGAAGAAUCUGCACCUGUCGAUAGCGAGUUUCGCCGUGAAGCCGAGAUCAUUCGUCAAGUACGUGAGAGUGAUGCGGACCCGAGCACAGCACAAUCGUCACCAAACCUGCUACCCACCGUGCCCGGCCUUGAUGGACCAUUGGAGGGCGUACCUGAGGAAGAGAGCGAGAGCGGCAUGAGCUUGGACAGCUCCACUACGAAGGGUUUAUUCGCUGCUUUUGGAUUACAGAAAAACAGUAACGGUCGAGACUUCUGGCAACGCGAUGCUCCGGCCCAAACGCCGCCUCCCCCUUCCUUCCCACGAGCUGGUUCUUCGGCUGUCAGCGAAGACAUUAGCAUGGAUUCACCAACUGUCUCGUCGACCUCUACUUCUCUUCCAUCAGGUACGGCUACUGCAAACUCCGAUGGUUUUGUCCAUCCCGGCUCCGUGUCACGCUCGUCAACGCCACAACCUCUUGCUCCAUUGACUGCAGCCGAUGGGCUGAAGAAAUCCAGUAAACGACGUAGGGACGAUGAUCUGGAUGAGUACUCGAUUAAACGGCGAGCUGUAUCUCCUGGUCUCAGCGUCCACAACAGUCCUGUUCUGUCACAGUCUCCAGCAAACCGCGACCUGUGGGGUUCUGCGAAGCUGACCAAGGAGCCAUCCAGUGGGGCUGUUGUCAGUGGUGAGAGAUCGAACAGCGGAGGGAGUAUCACUAUGACGCCGUCUUUGGGGCCCAAAAGGAUCGGAUUGCAGGGCAUGACCGAUACGAGCGAUGGCUUAAUGAAGAUGAGCAUCGAGUGA